UUCGUGGAGCCGUGUCGCAGGGCCCUGGAGUAAGGCGAGGCUCGAGGGGCCCAGCUGCCGAGCAGCGGAGUCGAUCAUCUCGCGGGAGCGAACGAGAGUAGCGGACAGUAGCGGAGAGAGAAAGAGGGACCGCAACGGUGACCCAGAUCUUGGCGGGUUCUCGCGAGACGAGCCGGGCUACGAGGAAGCCGCAGUGGUGGACUUUUUGAAAUGGGACACGACACUGCCCGGAGCUAAAUUAGCCGCGAUGUCCAAUAAGAGUAAGUCCCAGCCGCAGCAGCAGCAGCAGCAGCAACAGCAGCAGCAGCAGCAGCAGCAGCCGUCGCACGUGAUCAAGCCAGCGACAGUGGAGCAAGUGCCACCGCGAUAUCAGCCACCGCCGCAGCCGACCACCGGCAUCCUCAAGAACCAUCCUCACUUCGGCACCGGGCCAUCUUCCGUAUCAGCCGGCGUGUCGACCGGCGUGCAAGGUCCUCCGGUGGCCUUGAACCAUCAUCAACCGUCGCAGCCGCGACCGGUACCGCAGCAAAAGGAUGCGCAGGGCAAGUACUCGCCUCGAAUAGAGCACCGGCAUCAUCCUCAAGGCAGUAACGCUGCCCUGACAGCGGCGGCCGUGCCGAAAACCGGCUACCUUCAGGCCAAGGUCGGCCAAGGUCAGUACCUGCCGCCUAACGGUCAGUAUCCUCCCACGGUAAACACUGCACAAACGCCGCCGAUUAGACAAAGGAUCACCGACGACGAGUUCCUCCGACUCGGACCCGUGGAGAUGCUCAAGUUCGUCCGGAAGACCGAGACCGACAUCGCGAGGCUCGCCGCCGAGCAAAAUCGACAGAUACAGAGCUUGCUCAGCGAGCUGCGCGCGCUGAAGGAGGCGAACCAAAGACUGAGCGACGACAACCAGGAGCUGAGGGAUCUCUGUUGCUUCCUGGACGACGACCGGCAGAAGGGCCGCAAACUGGCCAGGGAAUGGCAGAGGUUCGGGAGGUACACAGCGAGCGUGAUGCGGCAGGAGGUCUCCGCGUAUCAGAACAAGCUGCGCCAGCUGGACAAUAAGCAGCAGGAGUUGAUAAAGGACAAUCUGGAGCUGAAGGAGCUCUGUCUCUACCUGGACGAGGAGCGAGGCGGCGGCCAGAGGGACGACGGAGACGGGUCCAGCUCGAGCACGAACGCCGAGGAGACCGCGCCUCCUAGACCACGGCACGCGUCCACCUUCAACGAUCAAACGAUGCAAUACGUGAGGAGUCUGGAGCAGCGUGUGAAACAGCUGGAGGAGGACAAGAGCGUGUUGCAGGCACGGGCACAGGGAUGGGAGGUGCCUCCCGGCGAGAUUUGGGAGAAUCCAAAUAGUCCCGGCGAGAAUCCUCAUCUGGGAGGUCGGCCGGAGGCCGUGGUGCGGGCUCUUCAGGUUCUCGAGGUCAGGGAACAGCUUGAAAGAGAGGGCGGCCACGACGGGGAGAAGGCUCUAGUUAGGGAAAUGUGUAACGUUGUCUGGCGGAAGCUGGAAGAGGGCCCGCAGACGAGACACUGAAGGACACUGUACCAUAAGCGCGGUCUCUCUCCAUGAUCGCCAUGCGAAACGUUAUGGCGCGACCCGCUCGCUCGGGUGCCGCAUCUAAUGAGUAUUAUAGUCGUUGCCGCGAAUGUUGUGGAUUUCAUAGAUUUAUACGCAUGUACCUACGAAUACUUCGAUGUAAGAGUCAGCGUGUCGUAUUUUUACAGUAUUUAUAUAAAAAGAUCGCAGUAGCGUCGUUAGAACUCUUCGUACGAACUGUUAACAAACGUUUUAUUUUUAUUACGA